UCACAAUAAUCCGCAUCUAACCUGGCUUUCUGAUCAUCAUCUUCAUAUCAUGGUAGCUGCCAUGUCUACUUAACAUGCCAAUGUCCCGACCAAUUUGAAGAUAAUGUAGAUGGCUGCAAACCAUCACUAUGGCAACUAUAGACACAGACAUGCAUGUUUGAACAUGGCAUAGUAUGCAGCGUCAGCUAAAGUACAAUCAACGAUGCACAGUACAGUGGUUCUUCAGCGCAAAUUGUAAAUUGUUGCUAUAUACAAUACUUUUGAUUUUACAUUGUGGCCAAUAAUGGCUUCAUAUGGGUAUGUGUACUUGUGUGAGAUGGUGAUCACAGACAGCACCAUGUUGCAAAUAGAAGUGCUGUUUGACAUCAACAACUUCCCAUUAAGCGCAAACACAUGCAUGCUGCUGUUUAAUGACCUGUGCAGCUGAUUCACUCGCCAAGUAACUGCUCCUCAUGGGCUGUAACAGAAGCUUAGUGCACUCAGAUGGAAUACUCUGGCAUCUGUCCGAUGGAGAAAGUAAUAUUAAAAGAACACAGAUCGGUGAGACAUUACAUAGGUUGAUUUCAUAGCCCCCUCUUUUUCCUAUAACUCAUGUAUUCUUCCUGUGAUGGUGCGUCAUGAUGGAAGCUCUCAAGUGCCGUCAUUCAUUGAGAUUCUAUUAACGUUCCUCAGAUCGACAUCUUGUUAGCUUGUUAGCUUGUCUUGCUUUUGUUUAUACUUCUCCCACACGCUACAUCCAAUGUAGUCUACCAAAGUCUCCCUCCGUUGUUUGUUUAGUUGGGUGAUUUGCUGACAUCAAUUGCAUUUAAGUGAAACUUCAGACUCAAAGUGCUACAGUGAUUCAGCUGAUUCAGUUCCACCUUUGCCGUAAAUGACUUGUUUCCAGCGCUGCAGCGCUCACUGAACAGUUGAGCUGGGCCUGCUGAUAUGGAGUCACAGUCCACGGUCUAAGUUGCCAACACCAGCUGCACAGAGGGUCGCUGGUCAACACAGAGCAGUUCACCACGGAGACUCCCCGGAUAUGCCUGUGUUGAGGGAGACAAUGCAGCAAGCUGAACCAAUGAGGCCAUCUUUCCAGCAGGGCGAGGAUAUUGAGAGCUACCUUUAGCAGUUUGAGAGGCUGGCCAGGACCUAGAGGUGGCCUAAGGACGAGUGGAGUUGUCACUGGUGACUGGCUAGGCAUUGAAGGCGUACUUGGCAAUAGAUAAGGACCUGUAUGAGUGAUGGGUAUGUCCAGGAAAGCAAGGAGGAGAUCGGCAAGGCCAUUAUCAGCAGCUGCUGAGGAUGCUACCGUAUGAUGCACGCACCUGGGUCUGGGAGCACAAGCCAACCUCUGGACCGAAGGCAACGGAACUGGCUCAGCAGCAUCUGAAUGUUCAUCGUACAGGUCAACGGACUCAACCUUCUAAAGGUCGUACUCUUGUUGGGGCGGACAGGGGUUUGUGGUGGACAAUCACAGUCUGAAUCCGGGAGAAAGACAGGACAUGGAACUUGUGUGUUUCUACUGCAGAAAGCCAAACUAACUGAGUACUGUCAUGUCCCAAGGGAGGGGAACGUGAAAGCCAUAGGAAGGAGCCAGUAAAGGUGUCAUAUCCAGCUUUUACAUGGUCACAAGCCAUGCCGAGCAGUGCGAGCAGCAAAAUCUCUCAAAACGCAUAUAAACAUCAGAUAGCUAAAUGUGUUCACAUAAAACUUAAGUCAAGCAAAUAAUUAACAUUUUUCACUACUAACCGUGUAUAACGGUUUCUAAGAUGCUCUCGUAACAAAAUACUCUCAGGCAAUGAUUUCCACAAGCAACAGCAAGGAAUGGAGCUGGAUUCAUCUGCAGCAAUCCUGUUCAACUCAACUCAACUCUCCACUAAUGGGGAACGUGUGCUGGGAUUAGACUGUUGUGAGACAGGUUAGUUUUACCCUACUGAUGAUGUGUUGUUGCAAUAGUAAAUCUAUUGUGUUGUUGCAAUAGUAAUCACCUGCCUAAGCUCUUCUUCUACGGCAACACCACCGACUCAAUGAACAUAAUCACACCUGCUGGUGAGGAGUAAUCCUGUCCACCACACUGGACACUGCUUAGGGAGCCUGGAGGAUAGUAUUUGACAGGUACUGGGAAAUGUUAGUGCAUUUCCCCACUCUGAGGCCGUUUUAAGAAAAGCCAUGUGUGACAACCCUUCUAAUCUGUGAGAUGAGAAAUACGUGUGAAUAAAUGAUGUUCUGUAUGUGCAAGCUAAUGAUGUCUUGUUGUGCCCACGUGUUGUUGUCCACUUGUCUUACCUCUUGGACACACAGUUCCAUGGGCCCGGUCAUCUAGGUCAAAAAAAUGAUGCACACAUGGUUUUGUUGGCCAACGUUGUUCGCUGAUGUGCGAACACACUGUAACACAUGCCUCAUGUCAAAACCAGUGCUGUACCUAGAUGGAAUAGGGCACCAUGCAGCCACUCUCCUGUGAUUUCUGAACCUUUCAAGUGGAUUGCUGUCAACAUUGUGGGCCCAAUGGAGAAAAUUAGUGCAGGUCAUCAGUACAUCCUGGUCUUUCGUGACUAUGCCACAAGUUAUCUGGAGGCUUUCCCGCUGCACACAAUUACUACACCUCAGAUGCUCCCUUUCCUUGUUCAUCUCUUCUCCAUGUUAGGAAUACCUAGGUUUGACGGACCAGGGGACCGACAUCACAGCUUAUGGGGCCUCUAAACUGACAGUUGGGCAUCAUCACAAUCACUACCACCAAUCAUCCUCAGAGAACCAGACCCUGAAAAACAUGUUGCGGAAGCUUGUUGCACACACUGGGGACUGGGAUAUAUGGCUGCCAUUUGUUCUUUCUGCAUACUGUACAGGUGCCUGGCAAGUGAAAGGACCGCUGGACCUGCUGAGGUGGUGCUGGGAAGAAGGUUCUGCAACCAAGACGGAGGAGAAAGGCAUCGUGCAGUAUGAGCUGGAGAUGAGAGACCCUCUAGAGCAAUACUGGGAACAAGCAAGGAGAACUUGCACCUCAUUCAACAAACUCUUGGUGAAGUGGCAAGGGCCAUGUACUGUGGUCCAGAAGAUAGGACCAGUGAGCUACAUUAUCAGCGACAUCUAGACCAGUUCCCUGCUUUGUUUUGUCAGACGCCUGGACAGAUAGAGUUGGUUCACCACACCAUCUAGUUUAUCAACAGUACACUGUCAAGACAGGGGCCAUAUUGGGUGCCUGAGCAUCUAGUGGACGAUCUGAGAAAAGAAAUUGAGAUGAUGAAAGAACUGGGAGUGACUGAGCCAGCAAUGAGUGAAUGGUGCAGCUUGAUAGUCGUGGUCCCGAAGGAGGAUGGAUCCCUGUGUGCCUGCAUCAAUUUCUGCAAACUCAAUUCCCAGUCCCAGUUUGACAUGUACCCAGUGCCAAGUGUAGAUGAUCUGCUGGAGAACAUAGGAAGAUGAUCUGCUGGAGAUAAGAGCCAGAUCCAUCACCACACUGGACCUCUGCCAGGAUUACUGGCAGAUGCCUUUGGAGCCAAAGCCAAAACCAUACAUGGCUUUCAGGAUGCCAAUAGGGCUCUAUCAAUUUACUGUCCUUCCCUAUGGUCUACAUGGAGCGCCAGCAACGUUCCAGGGACUCAUCAACAGGGCUCUGCAGGGAUGUAAGGAAUGGUCUGUGGUAUAUCUAGACGAAGUUGUUGUCCACAGUGACACCUGGCAAGAGCACCUACAGCACUUGACUCUGGAAAAAAUUGCAGCAGCAGAGUUGAUGUUGAAUGUGGGGAAGUGUGAGUGGGCCAGACAAGAGGCGAUGUGCCUGAGUUAUCACCUGGGCAAUGGACAGCUUCGGCCCCAGGUCAAUAAGGAAUGGAAGCCAUCUGCCAAAGUUCAAGACCAAGUGGAACAAGGAACAAGAGCUGCAGGAAAGUGUAGGACUUGAGACUGAAGGAACUAUCGGACCCCUCUUUUGCAUCAAAGAGACAACAAUCUGAUAUUCUGCUGUUCGUUAUCAGUCCACCAUGGGCCAGAACAUUGGCAAACCCACGUUUAGUUCCACAUUCUCUUCUCCAAAGUCCAGCCCGCCCCGCUCCAGUCAGAGCACAUCUCUUCAACCAAGUAUUUUCUCCACAUUGAAGAGGCCUCCUGUUUCUAAGCCCAGUGAUUUCAUACCUCUAUUCAAUGACUGCGUAUAUGCCGCCUCCUCAAGAACUCAGGAAUACCUUCUCUUUAAAGAUCCAGAGAACAAGUUCAACCCAAACCCUGACAUGCUGACUCAGGUUUUUCUGAUGACCUACAUCUCCCAGAGUGUUAGCCUCAACAUGACGGACACCUUCAAUUGCACAACCAUGACGCCUGAGCAGCGUAUCAUCUUGGGAGCUGACUGGGUGUGGGCCAUACUAGAGAAGCCUACCAAAAACCCUCAAGUCCAGAUUGCUGUACAGGUCCUGCACCUGCCAGAAAGGGAAAACACUGAGGAGAACAUCAUCCCACCGGAGGCCUUUACAGAGUCUGUCCAGAUGGCCCAAAGCGAGUCCAAAAACAAGACCAAGCAUGAGAGAUUAGUGGACUUCUGCACUUCUAUCGGCAAAGACUGCUAUGCCCUCUUCUUGUUCUUUGGGAAAAAAAACGACAAGGGCAACAUCUAUGGUGUCCUGAGCAACAACUUCGGUGCAGCCAUUGGGAAGUGCAAAAUUGACAGAGUGCUAAUAGAAAGCUUCUUCAAAGGUUCGAGGUAUUUCCAUACACCAUCAGGAAUGAUGAGGGCUAUUGUCACCAAAAAAAUGGAGGAUCCUCUCACUCUCUUGAUAAAAUUCAGCUGAAUUAACACUACACAACAAAAACAGUUAGAGAAUUUGCAUUAUUUAAAGCUGCACAAUCUGUCAAUGAUGAGUCUUAGAAGUAGGACAGCUCCCUCUAAGACAUUUCUGCUCUUUAAUCAAAGUUGUGCUUUGUUACUAUUUACCUUUGAAUUUUCGGCAUGAGUAAUAAGCACAGUAAAAACCAUAUAUCUAAACGCAAUAAGCAUAUUUAUAACCAUAAUAUAUAUACAUAUACAUAUAUGUAUAUGCAGUUCCAGUUUUAUAAAGGCGAUUUUACUUCUUCUUAUUCCUGACGAAAUAUUUGACAGUCUGCCCAGUCUCUAAACUAUAGUUCAAAUGCUUAACAAAGUAUCUACAAAGUUGUUAACAUGUUGAAUUAAGGAUGAAUACUGUAUUAACCAUAUAUGGGUAAAUAUCUUGUGUAAAGUCUUUUAGAGCAGCAACUCGAAUUUUUUUAAUUAGCUACUCCUAUUUUGACUUGUCUAAGACUAAAUAUUACAGUAACUAAAUAUUUACUUUGCAUCUGAUUUUCAAGAAAAACUGUCCAAAAAUGAAACUGAGUAUAUGUUACAACAUUAAAUUAAUAUAUUACUAUAUUUUCUGCAGUUUUAUAUAAAUUAACAGACUUAAUAUAAUUGGUGACAGAAGGUGAACUGCUAUUGGAAAAGCUCUGUCAGUAAAGAAAAACAUAACAUGAUAUACAUUUGCAACUGAAUCCAGGUUUUUGUAACCAGCUACUUUACCUGCUGUUUUCUAGAAAUGCUAAUAAGAACAUUAGCAACAAGCAACAAACAUUUGCUCUUUUAGAAAGGGGGUGUUUGUUCUAGGUGCAGUUUGGUCGUUUUUCAAUGGAAUAUUUCAUUUCCUAUUACAUAUUCAUCAGAAGAUGUUGAUUAAAACUACAGUUUAUUGAA